AUGAAUCUACAAAAGCCUAUUUCUACUAGAAACGGCCAACGUCGUCUUAUUUCUAUACAACUAGAGAAGUUCAACAACGAAUCGUCACAGUCGGAGAAGACAGCCCUGCUCGAAAUCAUGGAGGCAGAGAUCACCAAGAAUCUGAACGAGAAGAUUGUAAAUCAUCCAGAUGUUGACGAUUUGGAAACAGACCUGGAGGACAUCACGAAUUCUAGAGACACUAGUAGAAGCAGAGUGAUCCGUGAUUCGCAGGAUUUUAACGGUAGUGCUAGAACUGUAUCAGGUGCGAACGUUUCUCACUCUAGUAGAUCUAUUAAUAGAGUACAAUCUGAUAAUUCGUCAUUUCAUAAACUACCUAAACUGAGCUUACCGACGUUUGAUGGAAAUGUCGCACAAUGGCAAUCAUUUUGGGACUCGUAUGAGGCUGCUGUUCAUUUUAACCAAACACUGCCUGAUGUCCAAAAGUUUACCUACUUACGUUCCUUACUGCAAGACACUGCAUCUACCGCCGUAGAAGGUUUUCCACUGACUAACGCAAAUUAUCAUAAUGCUAUAGAUUUAUUACAAGAAAGAUUCAGACAAUCUCGCAACAGUGUGGCGAGUCUACGCAGAUUUCAUGAUAAAAUGAAGAAUUACAUCCAGGGAUUAGAAUCUUUAGGUGAAUGUCAGAACUCUUAUGGUGAUUUACUUGUACCUAUAAUCAUGAACGAACUUCUUGCCAAAUUACGACGGAAUUUAGCGCGAGAACACGAAAACGCACGAUGGCAACUGCAAGAUUUGAGAGCAGCUAUAGCCAGAGAAAUUAACAUUUUAGAAGUGGGUCAGACCGACGACAAUAGAGAACCACACGUGCCGAUGGUGUCCGUAUUCACUGGAACCGGAAAGAAAAAAUACAUAUCAAAGAAUCAUCCGCGCACGACUAACAGUGAUAACAAUAAAUCAAAGAAACUGUGCCUAUUCUGUGGAGAUCAACAUACGUCCCUAAACUAUGAGAAAGUGAAAACCCUUAAAGAAAGACUCACUAUUGUAAAAUCUAAACGCCUAUGUUACAACUGCCUGGGAAAACGCCAACAUUCGGAUUGUCAUUCCAAAUUUCGGUGCAGAAACUGUCAGCGAAAACAUUACUCCAGUAUUUGUGACCAACCAUCAUCAGUGCCAGGUUUGAAUCAAAGUGCAUCGCCGUUCUUGAGUUCUACUUCCGGUCCAAAGGGAACGCCGGGAGCCGCUAUUCAACUACAUUCAACUACAUAUCAAAGGUCGAAAUUUCUGCUCAAGACUGCAGUCGCUCAAAUAAGUUCGCAAGAUGAUGCUAAAACUGCUACAAACAUAUUAUUAGAAGAAGGCGCGCAGAGGUCUUUUAUUACAGAAGAGCUUGCUGAGAAACUGAAAUUAAAACACACCGCGCCACCUAAUGUCACAGUCCUUGAGAGAUUUUGGAAGCUCGAAUCAAUGGGGAUAUCUGAAGAUGAGGCUGAAACAUCUACUUCCGGUAUACUAAACACCUAUAAAGAAAACUGUAUCACGUACAAAGAUGUCCUUGAGAGAUUUUGGAAGCUAGAAUCAAUGGGGAUAUCUGAAGAUGAGGCUGAAAAAUCUACUUCCGGUAUACUAAACACCUAUAAAGAAAACUGUAUCACGUACAAAGAUGGGCGCUAUGUGGCCAAGCUGUCUUGA